CUCCGACGUCCGUGUGACUGGAGGCAGGAAGACGACUGCUGGGCAUGGCAUGCUGGGUAUUGUAGUCACUUGGAGUUGUACAGCGCUGGAGGUGCUCCUGGUAGAAGCUUGGACACUGGUAUCUAUCGGGGUUGGAUAUGCCAAAUCUUGCUUUCCAUCCCGAACAUAUUUAACUGGAUCUGCAAUGUAUGGAGAGAUUCACUAUCCAGGUAUCUAUAGCGUACUGUGAGGUGCACAGGUGAGUGGUCAUAUGGAUGGAGAACAGACGCCUCUGAGAUCACCUGCCUGUGCCUUAGGUUCAGCAUUGAAGAUGCAGGCUUAUAACGGGUCAUGUGACAUGGGCCCGUCUCUCACCUACCUGACCUGCCUCUUGGAGAUCCUUCUGGAAUGGCUAGAGUUGGACAAUUUGGAGGAUUAUUUAAAUUACCUAGACUACCUCAUGUGGGUCUUCACACCACUAAUAAUAGUAUUCAUUCUACCCUUCAUUAUUGUCCUAUUUAUCUACCUGUCCAUCCUUUUCCUCCACGUGUACAAGCGCAAAAACAAACUGAAAGAAGCAUAUUCCAACAAUAUAUGGGAUGGCGCGCGGACAACAUUGGCAACACUUUGGGAUGGGCAUGCUGCAAUAUGGCAUGGUUAUGAAAUUCAUGGCUUGGAUAAAAUUCCUGAGAAUGGGCCUGCACUAAUUGUGUACUAUCAUGGGGCGCUUCCUGUAGACUAUUAUUAUUUUGUAUCAAGGGUCAUUCUCCUGAAAGGAAGGACUUGUCACUCGGUGGGGGACCACUUUCUUUUCAAAAUACCAGGCCUUAAACCACUGCUUGAAGUGUUUUGUGUAAUCCAUGGACCAAAGGAAGAGUGUGUGAAAGCUCUGAAAAAUGGCCACCUCCUGGCUAUCUCUCCGGGAGGAGUACGGGAGGCACUGUUUAGUGAUGAAUCUUAUGUUCUCAUGUGGGGAAAUCGUACAGGUUUUGCACAAGUGGCAAUCGAUGCCCAAGUGCCCAUCAUUCCAAUGUUUACGCAGAACGUCCGGGAAGGAUUCCGAUCUCUAGGAUGCUUACGGAUGUUUAGGUGGAUGUAUGAAAAGUAUAAGAUACCGUUAGUCCCUGUGUACGGUGGGUUCCCAGUGAAAUUUCGCACAUAUCUUGGUGACCCUAUCCAGUAUGACCCAAAUAUCACAGCAAGUGAAUUGGCAGAGAAGACAAAAUGUGCCCUUCAGUCACUGAUAGAUAAACACCAGAAAAUUCCUGGAAAUAUUUUCCGAGCCCUACUGGAGAGAUUUCACCAGAGAGCCAAAGAAGAUUAAAGUGCGGUUAUGUAGGUUGUUCUCUGGUCUCUUAUGUGAUGUACACUUGUGUAAAUAUGGGAGUUAGUUUGAUAAAUCAUUUUAUUGAUCUGUUACAUGAAAACUUAGAAAAAGAGAUUCUCUGCCGUGCAAUAUGUAUGUUUCUAAAUGCUUCUUAAAAGUGACCUGUCAGCUCUGUUGAUUGGAGUAUAAGUAAUUAAUGUAAAUUGUGCCGGUGUCUAGUAUAAGUGUGCAGUCAGGAAGGGGUUACAGUGCAACAGCUGCACCCAGUACUUUCUCUCCAGGGGUGUUGGCAGCUUGUUGGGCUAUCCUGGCACCAGCAUACACUGUCUACAUUCCUGGUUCUCUUGCCUACUGGGUUGUAUAAGGGUGCAGCAAUAUACAAGUCCCCGUGUCUUUCACGGUAUCAUUUCAAGCCACUGUUACAUGACCCCAUGCAGGUGGCACCUUCUUUACACAGCACACGUGAAGGUAGAGGGGACAUUAAACUACCUCUUUUAUAGACCAAUGCAAGCCGUGAUUAUACGUUGUGUCUCGGUGUAUUUGUAGGCAGAUGAAUUCAUGGCACCAUAGUGAUUACCAUGACUGUUACUCAGUUUAGCGGAGGAUGACUGUAUUUGCUCUGCCACCUUUCUAUUCAUUAGGAAUCCUCUGAUUCUAGAGAUUAUCUGCUGGACAUCCACCAGUUUAACACGUAUUAUCUAUAGAACUGGCACAUCAUAAAUGUCUGUUGUCAAAGACACAUUUGAAUGGUUUCCCCACCUAAAAUCUGAUUAAAGGGGUUAUGCCAUGGUUGA